CGAAUCGCUCGAUGGUGAGCCCCUUAGUGUCGUCUCAGCUGUAGGCCCAUGAUCCAUCGGGUUGACAGGUGGGGACCGCAGUGGACCCGAUUGAUAGGCCGAAUUAUCGACGUGCGAACCCCCUGCCUCAAUCUUUUUUCCUUCCCCCCUGAAGCUUUUUUAUUCUCUCUUUCCUUCUCUUCCAUCAUCAAGUCAAUUACACUCUUUCAUUCUCCCAAAAGUCACAACCAUGUCGGACCAAAAGCCCGUGCCCGUCCAACAGGCUCCUGCGGCCGAGCCCGAGAAGGCCGAGGAAGCUGCCGUAGUAGCUUCGGAAGCUCCUGAAGCUAGCGACAAGCCUUCGGAAACUCCCGCGGCUGCUACCACCGAGACUACCGACAAGGUGGCCGAGCCCCAGGCGAAGGAGGUUGUCCAGGACACUCCAGUUAAGGCGGAAGAAGCUGUGAAAGAUGCACCCAUUGCCCCUGAGCCCGAAGCGGCCAAAACCGAUGAGCAGAAGCAGCCCGAGCAGCCCACAUACUUGACCAAGAUUCCCGGUCUGGCCCAGCUGUUCGAACAGCUGCCCAAGAUCCUUAGCGAAACUGGCUACAAUGAGAUGUGGGGUGUGCAGCUCAAGGACAGCGAGGAUGUGCCUACCGUCAAUGUACUCAUCAAGUUCCUCCGCGCCAAUGAGGGCAACGUCCAGGGUGCUCAGGAUCAGCUUCGCAAGGCUCUCGAAUGGCGCAAGAAGACCGAUCCUCUGGCUUUGGUUGAGUCUGGCCGUUACAGUGCCACCAAGUACGGUGGUCUUGGCUACCUGACAACCUUUGAGCAGGACGGACGCCCUCUGGUGUUCACCUGGAACAUCUACGGCGCUGUGAAGGAUGUCAGCGCCACUUUUGGCGAUUCCGACGAGUUUGUCAAGUGGCGCGCCGCCCUUAUGGAACUGGCCGUUCAAGACCUGAAGAUGAAGGAUGCCACUGAGGUCAUCGACUAUGACGGCGAAAAGGAUCCUUACCAGAUGAUUCAGGUUCACGACUACCUGAACGUCAAGUUCUUCCGUAUGGACCCCUCCGUUCGCACCGCUACCAAGAAGACCAUCGACGUGUUCUCUACUGCCUACCCCGAACUACUGCGCGAAAAGUUCUUCGUCAAUGUCCCUUCUAUCAUGGGCUGGAUGUUCUCCGCCAUGAAGCUGUUCCUCAGCCGCAACACUACCCGCAAGUUCCACCCGAUCUCUAACGGUGCCAAUCUCGCCCGUGAGUUCCCCGCUACCAUUGCGGACAUGAUCCCCAAGACCUACGGUGGAAAGGGUGCCGAACUGAAGGACGAGGCACGAACUGUCCAACUGGUGGAGGACAAGGUGGAGAAGGAGGAAAAGAAGGAGGAGGUCAAGCCAGUCCAACCCUUUGAGGAGACUGCCGCCCCCGCUGUUCCCCCCAAGGAUGAUGAGCCCGUCAAGGAGGAGGCACCUAAGGAAGAGGCUGCCAAGGAAGACCCUCUCAAGGAGGAAGUUGCUGUCCAGGCGGAGGCCACUACCACCGGGCAGACUACUGAGAAGGAGGUACUCAAGGAGGAGAUCAAGCCCGUUGCUGAGGAGGCCAAGUAAAUUGUGCCCUCUUAUUUCUGAAUGUGCGUUUCGUUGUGAUACCCGGAGGACGAGUGGCUGCCGACUCUCUCUGCUUUUGCUUUCGCCUGAGGCCAUUAGUACCUUCAUCUGCACUUGUAAUUCCAGGCCUAUAAUUGAUAAUAAGAUUCUUUUUACUUGAAGAUAAGUUUAGC